AUGUGUGAGGAUGUGUACUCUGGUGGCAAUGCCUAUCCGCGGCCGACGAUAACGCAUCGAUCAGCUGUGCUGCAACUUAACAGCUGCGCAAAACCACAGCAGUCAGACCAGCCCCUCCUGGAAGAGCGCGGUCAAACUACCCCCCGUGCUGUCGCCACUUGCGUGUAUUUGCUAAGCAUUACGGCUGGAGUAGGGGUGCGCUCCAAAUGUAGGGUCGUCUGGUUUGGCGACGGAGAAACGAAUGACGGGUGGCAAUUGCGCAAAACUGCUCGGCCGACAGGAGGUAGAAACACAUUUGAUCUCCACGACGAGACUGCAUCUGCGAAAAUGUCUUCCCAGGCAGAGUUUGAGAAGAUUGCGGAGGACGUGAAGAAUGUGAAGACGAAGCCCACGGACCAGGAGUUGCUGGACCUGUACGGUCUUUAUAAGCAGGCACUCGUUGGAGACGUUAACACCGAUCGACCCGGAAUGCUCGACUUCAAAGGAAAAGCCAAGUGGGACGCCUGGGACUCCAGGAAAGGAAUGUCCAAGGACGAUGCCAUGUCAGCCUACAUAACCCUGGCAAAGGAAGUCGUCGGCAAGUACGGGCCGUAAAACUGAAGAGGAUGAACAAAUGCAAAAAACGAAAACAGACUACUAACUCCACGACUAAAACAAAGCUGCUGCCUGUGUGACAAGUAGCCUUCUGCUUUCAGAGGCCAUAUGUAAACAGGAUACAGUGUGAUUUUAGAUUUAUUUUUUAAUUGACUGUGAUUUCUUUCUCCUUGGUACAUCAUUUUGUUUUUACCUAGAUUAUAAGGGUUCAAAUUCCCAUACAUUUUUACAACUGGGAAUCUUCUAUGCAUCAUCUAAGAGUAAAGAUUUUAAAUUUUCCUAAUUGCUCUAUUGUCCAUUUUAAUGAUGUGAACCUUUGAUAUGUAACUCAUACAUAUCAAAGUAAAUGCUGUGAAAUGUGAACAUUCUUUACUGCACGCAUUAGAAAAAAAUAAAACUUUUUUUCCUGUUA